CAAACAUUGCGCACGCGUAGUGUGUUUACCUGUCUGCUCCCAUUACUCUUUGGCUUCUUCCUCUCCCAAGCAGGGAUUUUUUUACGUCACUACCAGGAAGUGAAUGUGGUUGGAGCUGAAGUGUCAACUACAGUGAGUGGUGGGAUGUAAAAGAUUGUUGUGGCGCUGACCAGCUUGUUGUAUCCCCUAUACCAGAGGUCUCAGCACCAAGGAUUUGUAUUGUUGAAGAAAAGAUCUAAACAGAAUGACUCAUUGGUUUCAUCGUAACCCUUUAAAGGCCACAGCUCCUGUGUCUUUCAAUUUAUAUGGAGUUGCUUCAAGCCCAGCAGCCUCAAAGAUAUGCUCGGAUUUAAGAACAACCAGAGCACGUCUGUUGGAAAUCUUCUCCGACAUCAACAGCAACCCAGAGAUGAUGAAAACUGCGUGUGAUGCCUACUUCUCCCUCCUGCAAGGUUUCAUCAGCUCACUGGAUGGAGGCACACAAGACAAUAAGCUGCGCUACAUCCAGAACUUCAAGUGGACUGAUACAUUGCAGGGAAAUGCACCCAGUGCCCAGCAAGAUGCUGUUUUUGAGCUGAUAUCCAUGGGAUUUAAUGUAGCCCUCUGGUAUACUAAAUAUGCUUCACGGUGUGCUGGAAAAGAAGACGUUACAGAAGAAGAAGCAAAGGAAGUCCACAGAAGUCUUAAAGUUGCAGCAGGGAUUUUCAAGCACUUAAAGGAAAGCCACAUUCCAAAACUUAUCACCCCUGUCGAAAAAGGGCGGGAUUUAGAAAGCCGUGUAAUUGAUGCGUACAUCGUACAGUCGCAGGCUGAGGCACAAGAAGUGACCAUUGCUCGUGCAAUUGAACUCAAGCACAAUCCUAACCUUAUAGCUGCUCUGGCCUAUGAAACUGCCAACUUUUACCAGAGAGUCG